AUGACCACCACCACCUUUAUUAAUUCUUCCGGGGGAGACGGGGUGCUGCGACCAGCGGCGGCGGAUUUGGAGGAAGAGGAGGACACAAAGGAUGGCGGCAAAGGAGGAACUUCUUCAUCGCGUUGUCACGCGAUGAUGAUGAAAAGUUUUCGGACGACGAAGAAAAGUGUACACACCACCACCAGCGCACGACUCGCUUUCGCUCUGAUGAGUAUUAUUGUUCUUCUGUUCAUCUACUUCUCGUCGUCGUCGUCGUCGUCGUCGCUGGUAUCAUCAUCGUUAUCCUUCAUCUCAUCCUCCUCCUCGGGAUGGACUUUGCAAAAUCGAGCAGCGAAAAAGUUGAUGUUGUUGGACGCGACGUCUACGAAAACGCACAACGCGGAUGCGUUGGCGCAGCUCUUAUUGAAUGAUAACGACGAGAAUGAUAACGAUAACGAAGGAGGAGACGACAAAGCGACGACGAGUGAUGAAGAAACUGACUCCGAUGGUGUCAUGGACGAUGCGAUAAAAGUAGAAAACGAUUCGUUCAAGAUUGAGAUAACGCGGAACGCGCACCUGUCGCAAAGAUACCAGAACGAGGUGAGAGAGUUGGGGAAGAAAGAAAACGACGCUUGGAAUAAAGCAGCAAAGUGGAAGAAACAAGCGGCGGUGAAAGUGAUGAUGCGGAGUAAAGAGCUUGGGAAGCGAGCGAUUUUGAGCUCGACGACGAGGAAAAUGUCCAUCAAUCCGCCGUGUAAACCGAUACUCGUCGCGAGGGAGUCCAUCGUGGAUGCGCCGAAAGCGGUGAGCGCAAUCACUCAGAGAGCAUGCCGACAAAAAUACGUCGAACUGCCGGAGGUGAGCAUAGGACUCGUUUUAAGCGAUAAGGACAACAAGUUCGCUCGUGAUCAAGGAGCAGUAGAGGCUAUCGUUGCAAAAGUUAGGGAUCAAGUACAAAAGAAGUUGAAGGCGAGCGAGCUGAUUGUUUUCUUAGACGGCGAUAUCGUCUCGAGUCAUCUGUUGGAGAACCAGAACAAACCGUUUUCAAAAAAUGCUUUAAAAAUGACAUCGAGGGCGAACGAUUGGAUGUUCGCGUCGAAGCAUAGGAACGGGAAUGCGCGUGUAUUCAACAAGAUGAUGCGAGGGACGAGAGCAGAAUUCGCGUUACUCUUGAGAGAGGAAGAUUUUCUCCAUCGCGACGGAAUGAGUAGCGGUAAUAGCGGUAGUGAUAGCAGCAGGGAUGGCAAUAGUAAUACAGAUUUAGAUGCGAGGGUACGGAAUAUCGUCGCAUGGGCGAACGAAGCGUUGAAGUUGCUCAAGAGAGACGAGCAUCUCGCGAUGGUGACGCCGCAAAACGCCGAGUAUUCCUCUUCUGCUACUCAGAACGAACAGGCGGUACAAAUAAAAUCUCCGAGCUCGUCGGCUAAACCAAACUUGGCAUUUUUCGAUGGGCGCCGAAGGCAGCCAGUGCUUGAGCAGCAACAGCAAAAAGCGAAAAAUUUCGCGUCGGAGGAAGAAGAAGAAGAAGAAGAAGACAAAGAAGAAAUUGCGACAUCCACCGUGGACGAGCUCGGGAAAGAUCAUCUUCGCUACGCGACGCCUAUUUUUGUUCGUCCGAAUGCUUUACACCAGAUUGGUGGUUUUGAAGAGUGGGGAACAUGCUCAGGAGAUGUUCUUUUCGAUGAAACUUUGCGCGAGAUGUCCAUUCGUCUCUGGAGAGGUGGUUUUAAGAGCGCUGCUUUUGGUAUUCCUGAGGUUUCCAAGACCGCAUCUUUUUUCUCUCGGGCGAGUAGCGCAAAGAAAGGGAACAAAAUUAGUGCCUAUGCAAAUUUCGCAAAGACGGAAAUUUAUCCUAAAAAACGAUACGAUAUGCCGUGGGAUAAGAGCGCGGAUGGAAUGUGGCCAUUUCUCGUGCCUGGAUUAACUUCGGAUGAUAUCAUCGAGGCUGAGAUGCGCGUCGAACGCGUGCGUUCAAAAAGAUGGAAGCCUUUCGACAGUCCAACCGUCGUCGGUAACUGUUUUCCUCCAGACGUUACGGCAAAAGGAGAUCCACCAAAGUCCAUCCUGAGACAAUGCAAGUCUUCUGCAACGCGAGAAUUCCCGGUUGCAACGUUAGUCAUGCAGUAUUUCAACAGAAAAGCUGGUGUGAAGAAACUUUUAGAAUCUUUGGAAACGCUUUCAUUACCGGUGGAGAUUAUUAUCAACGACGAUUCGCGCACGGAGCUUGCCGCAUUUUCAAAGUUCUCCAAAAAGCAGCCGAAGAAAAACUCGUUCAUUUUGGCGAUGCCGAACGACGUGCACGAGAUUCGCGCGUAUAAUCGGUUAGCUCUGAUGGCGUCUGCGGAAAUUGUAGCUUUGAUUCAAGACGAUGAUUACAUGCCUAAAGGAGACGCUUGGCUCUCGAAAGCGAUUUCAUUAUUCAAGAAGUAUCCCAAACUGGGCUUACUAGGUGGAUACAGAGGUCGCUUAGAUGACGGAACGAAGAUGAUACCUCAGCAAAAUCAAAACGAUGGUUCUAAGUACGGCGCCGAGCCAGAGAAGGACCGCGCGAAACGAACGAAAGAUAUUUUAUUCAAGGAUGUCUCCGUUAACGUUGACUUUAUGUUUGCCUAUAAAGUAAACUUAGCUCCGAUGAUUACGAGACGAUCGUUGUUUGCUGAAGUUGGUGGUUUUAAUCACAACUUUUCCUGUCCAGGACAACCCGGCAUUGGCUUGGAUUUCGAGUUAUCUAUUCGCAUGUGGAGGUUAGGACGUUCUGUUGGUUUAUACGAUUCGAAAUUUAAACACGGCGUCGGCGACUCAAAAUUUUCUGGCACUCACUCUGGCAUCGCAAAGACCAAACGCAAAGCGAACGAGUUACGGAAUAAUCUCUUGCUCUACUCCAUGUAUCCUUCGUUUCACCACAAGAAAGGCACGAGUAAAGUAAUCAGUGAGAAUAAGAAAAUGGUCGACGCUAAACUGAUGAGUAAAAAUAGAAUAACCGCGGCGAGGAAAAAGGAAAUCGAGAGACUCGCGCGAGCCGAUAUCGAGCAAGGGAAGAGAAUGCGCGCACGACAGAAUCGAAGAUCGAGAAAUUCUGGAUAA